UUGGCUGCUGCUGGAAAGCGACGACAAGCAAAUUCGGACAAACCAAUGAACCGCAGAAGAGGAGAUCGUCGCAUAUUUCACUCUCAGAGGAGUGGUGCACCAUCAAGAGCACAGUGGAGACAGAGGAGCAAAGAGCAAUGUCGAAACGAAAGCAAACCCCAAGUGACGGAGUCAGAAGAAGAUGAGCAGAGACUUCAGCAGCAGUUAAAGGAAACGGUGCCCAAAGGGACCUGCCAGACCAUGUGCCCUACUCAAGAACUGCAGAACCGUGAGACUCAGAAGCGCCUUCACCGUUUUGAAAUGGUGCCAGGGACAGAGAAAGACCGGAGGCCAAGAGGAGACCGCUUGCGUGCUGUAAAAGAGUAUUCUAGACCAGCUGCUGGGAAAGAUGCCACAAACCCAUCUGACCUCAGACCGCCGUCUGUAUUGUUGAAAACUGUCUGCUACCUGAUUGAUGACAUUGUAGCCUCGCAUAAUCUACAUCCAUGGACGGAGGUGUAUAACUUUGUCUUUGAUCGGCUGCGUAGUGUGAAGCAGGAUAUGAUCAUUCAGAGGAUUUCUGGGUUGGACUGCGUGGCUAUAUUAGAGCGGACAGUGCGCUUCCUCAUCUAUGCUUCUUAUCAUCUUUGUGGCGAGCCCCUGCAGAUGUAUGACCCAUGCAUAAAUGACAGGCACCUACAAGAAUACCUGAGCUGGCUGUUGGAUUGUUACGCAACUGGAACAGAGGCACAUCCCAACCAAGAAGAGUUCCAUGCUCUUGGUUUGCUGUACAACUUGGGUUCACCUCGUGCCAUACAGCACAUUAUGGAACUCCCGGAGUCCCUCCGCAGCACUCCUUCCAUCUCACUCGCUCUUUCACUGAACCAAGCUUUUCUGGAGAGAAACCCUGUACGCUUGUUCCGAUUGGCUCAGAGACUGAACUUCUUGCAGGCCUGUGCUCUGCACCGUCACCUGGUGGCAUGCCGAAGAGAUCUACUGCUUAUAUACAGCCACGGAUACAACAGCCGCAACUGCUGCUUUCCUCUCAACAGGCUGGCUCAACUCUUGUCCUUGGACGUGGCUCUCACUUCUCAACUUUGUAAGGCAUAUGGCGUGGUGGUUAAUCAAGAAAGCCAAGUGGUUUUUUCCAAAGCUGCUUUCACUGAGCCUGAACAAGGCAGAUUGCACUGUAAAGUGUAUCACAGCAUAGUGUCUGAGAAACAGAGAAAUCUUACCAUUGAGAACAUCAUUCAUGGCUGUUCUUAAAACUGAAGAAAUAUUCAAUCAAUGUAAUGCUUUGCGAAAUAGGGAAACUGAUCUGUUGCACAGAGAUCUUGAGGACAAGUUUUUGUUUUUUCGGCCUCAGUUUAAGUUGCCAAAAAAAAGUCAUGCUUGAGGGAACGUUGACAUGUAAACUAGGAAAGUUGGUGAUUAAACCAGCAAGUUGAAGGUUAAAGGUCAAUCAGUCUUCCUCUCAAUUUACAGCUGUCCCCCGUCUAUUACUUCUUUCUACAAUGUCCACACAGCUGCAUGUUUAAUCUGUGAAAUACUUUGAAUUUAGUCCAGUCCAGAGUCUGAACUCAGACAUUUGUGCUCUGAAAACUGUAAGCUGUGAAAUGCUUUUUAUAUUAUUACCAUUUCCUGGUCAUAUUGACUGAUUUAUUUGUACUUCUCUUUUCAGUAUUUGAUUAAAACGGUAGAAAAAUGUAAUGUGCUGCACUGUUAAUUUAUUUUAAUCAAUGCAACAUUAUAUAAAAUAAACACGGAAUCA